CUUAUCUUAUUAUAUCUGUCUCUCUGUCACCAGUCUAAAGCCAUGAGAGAGCGUUGGCUCCUACAAGACACGCCCCCUGGAACUAACGACGAAGACGAUGGUCGAAGAAGACAGCUGGAGAAGGACGAAGUGCAGGGGAAGAGACUGGAGGACACUAUUCACAGGUUGGAGUCAGAGAUUGGUCUGUUGGAGAGCGAGGAGUGUCAGAUCUCAGCUAAAGAACAGAUCCUCAGAGAGAGACUGAAGAAGACUGAGAGGUCCAUAGAAGACCUACAGAAAAGUCUUCAGAAUGAACAUGCGAUGUACGCCAUGGAGAUCAACGUGGAGAAGGACAGGAAGACGGGUGACACCAGGAUCCUGUCAGCGUCUUCCGUCAGCCCAGACGAGGUGCCCCAGCGCGGGGUCAAGGUCUUCGACGACGGCCGGAAGGUCGUCUACGAGGUUCGCUCGGGGGGGUCCACCACCCUGGAGAAUGGGGUUCACCCCUGGAGUUCCCAACAGGUGGACGAGCUGAUGCAGCGGGUCGGGGUGCCCGCCGGCCAGGCCGACGGGGGUAAGGCUAAGGUUACUGUCACCCCUGUUGGCGCUGGUGACACCAAAACCUCCCCCAGCUCCGCUGACCGCACUGAUGAGCUCCCUACCACCUACACCACCCCCCCAGCCAUCCGUAGCCCUACCACCUACACCACCCCCCCAGCCAUCCGUAGCCCUACCACCAUGGCCCACAAGAUGCCCCAAGCUCCAGGCGCCCCUAUCACCAGCCAGCCUCCACCCCGUCGGGAGGUGACCUACGAGGGGGAGGUGAUGGAGGCUCCCCAGGCAACGGCGGAGAAGCCAGUCACUAUGAUCUUCAUGGGCUACCAUAAUGUAGACGACCAGGAUGAAACCAAGAGGCUGCUGGGAUUCGACGGCACCAUCAAGGCUGAGAUCGUCCUGAUCGAUGACGAUGACGAGAAGUCGUUACGGGAGAAAACGGUCACCGACGGUUACUCCGUAAUCGACGGCAACGCCGCCGACCUGGUGUCCGGCGCCCGGCCGCUCAGCGACACCACCGACCUGUCGUCGGAGGGGAAGGACGAGAGCCCUGCCACGGCCACCAAGGAACUCCCCUCCCCAGCAGGUAAAGGACAGACUCCUCAAGUAACCAUGACUACAGGAAACAGUAUCGUGUCUAAACCAGCCACCACUGCUAUGAAAUCCUCCAAGGCAUCAGAGGAUGCCAGUGAUGAUCUGAAGAGAGACAGAACGGAGAGAAAGAGCGUCAGUUUCCUCGACUCUGUCAGUGUGAUCUCAGCGGGCGGAGGAGACAGCAGUACCACCACCAGCACCAUGGAGGUGGACGCCCACCCUGAGACCUGCUACCCCAGCCAAGGGCUCAACGGCCAGGGCAAAAAACACCAGACCCAGCCCCUGGACACAGAGGUGGCCCAGGAGAUAGCCUACCUGGAUGAGGUGUUGGAGGCUAACUGCUGCGACCCAGAGGUUGACACCAUGCCAUUGCCCUCUAACGGGACAGCGAAACCUGAGAGAGACCCCCGGGAGGUCAGUAUUGACGGAACUGGGCCGUCCGUCCACGUCUCCAACACAGACACACAAUCCCCACAGACCAACCAUGAGGUCAUAGUAGAGGACAGGAAGCAGACCACCUUCAUAGACCACCAGGAAGUCAAUAGCACCAGCAACUCCAAACCCGACGGCCACUCUGGCCCAAUGGGAGACCAUGAGAACUACAGGAACCAGGGAGGAGAGACAACACCCCCCACUGUGAUGACCAUCAAGAAGGAGGCACGUUUCGAGCUGCGGGCAUUCCAGGAGGAGAAGAAGCCUUCCAAGCUGUUCGAUCCGUGUGAGAAGGAGGUGCGCGUGAAGAAGGUGCGUCCCUCGGAGGAGGUGGCAGAGCUGGAGAGGGAGAGGCUGGAGCUGAUCCGAGGCCAGGCCGUGAAGAAGAACCCUGGCAUGGGCACAAAAUGGUGGAACCCUCCUCAGGAGAAAAGCCUGGAGGAGGAGCUGGAGCCAGACAAACUUGAGUCACACAGGAAGUACGAGGAGAGGAAGCAGCAGCGGAGGUCAGAGUUCACCUGGGGGUCUUCGCAGACGUACGCCCAGUACUCCAUGACCUUUGAGCCCGGCUUUGACCCUGAGUCCAACCGGGACCCGGCAGAGGUUCUCCAGAGCACCAAGGAGGACAUCGUUGUGGAGCAGAUAGACUUCUCCGUCGCCAGGAAGCAGUUCCUCCAGAUAGAACAUGCCAGGCAGCAGCAGGCCGAGAGGUCACAGGUCACAGCCCCGAAGAGAGGUGUGGCACCUCAGCUCUACUCGGCCAAGCCCUUCUCCAGAGCGCCAGACAGCAUCACCCAUGUGGAUAGAUCCUCCAGCUCCGUCACAGUGGGCUACAGUAGUUACCUGGGCUCGCCACUAGAGGCCAACGACGUCACCACCACAACUACAGUCAGGACAGAGGGGAUGUACUACAGCCAGGGAGAGGCCCAGUCCCCCACUACUACCUUGGGACAGGGAGAGGCCCAGUCCCCCACUACUACCUUGGGACAGGGAGAGGCCCAGUCCCCCACUACUACCUUGGGACAGGGAGAGACCCAGUCCCCCACUACUACCUUGGGACAGGGAGAGACCAGGAACAGGGGCCCCAAGGAGACCUCGAUGGACAACAGAGAAGGCGAUGGAGACUUCACCUGCGCCCGGGCCGUCAUGACCAUCCUGAAAGAUGAGGGAGACUCUGAGUUGUGUUCCUCAUCCCUGUCCCUGCAGCAUCGUUCCUCCUCCCAAUCCUUCCACUCCCCCAGUGCCUCCCUGUCCUGCCACCCAGAGGAGUGUGACUCCGGGCUGGACGAGCUCUCCCUGCGUUCCCAGGAUACUACUGUCCUGGAGACCCUGUCCAACGACUUCAGCAUGGACAACGUCUCCGACAGCGAUGCGUCCAAUGAGACCAUGUCGGCCUACCUGGGGGAGACGUCUCUAGGGGAGUACUCCUUCCCUUCCACCCCCCAGGCCACCACGCCCGUCAAUGGCAAGAUGGAGGAAGGCACCCUCAGGUCCCCCGGGGAGCGGGGUCGGGGUCCGUCGGAGAAGGAGCUGGAGUUCCAUGCAGAACUCCUGGUGCAGAGUGCCAUCCAGCACGCCCUUAUGAACCAGUCUCAGCAGGGCGAAGAGUGGCAGGGGGUCCCCCGCGCCACCCCACAGUCCUUCCCCUACCCCCUCCCAGAGAGGCACCUAGACUUAGACGUCCUGCCGCCAUCUACUGGGAUGCUCUCACCUCCACGCCCAGAGCACCAGUCACCCACACCCCUAGACCACCCUCCAGCACUCCUAGACCUCCACUCACCUCCAUCCCCCCAACUCUGCUCACCCCCAAGCUCACUGCAGCAGUGGCCAACACCUGAUCAGUCCCUCCAGUCACCCCCACCCCAGUACCAAUCAAGUCCAUCACAAACCCCCCAGCAGCAGUCACCACCAGCUCAGUUCCAGUUAAGUCCAACCCAACAUCAGUCUCCUCCCCCAGAGCAGCAGUCCCCCCCAGCCCAGAUUGAGAAACCUACCAACGUCCCCCCUCCACGGAGGUCCUCUUCCGGAGGUCCUAAAAUCCUCGUCCAGUCCGCCCUCAGUCGCUCACUGGCCCUAAACCCAGACCCCGUCCCAGUCCGCACCCCCGUCCACAUCCCUCCUCGCCCUGUAGAGCCCUACCAGCCUCCAGAGCUGUCGCCGACCCCCAGCGAGAAGGAUCAGUUCAGUUACUUCUCUAAGUACUCCGAGGCGGCCGAGCUCCGCAGCACAGCAGAAGCCACCAGAACCCAGGAGACGGAGCAGAGCACCGGGCCGUUCAAGCUGCGCUCCCGGAAGCAGAGGACUCUGUCCAUGAUUGAGGAGGAGAUCCGCGCGGCGCAGGAGCGAGAAGAGGAUCUGAAGAAGCAGAGGCAGAGCCUGGGAGCGGUGCGAUCUGGACCGGGCCCCAGAACAAACCAGACAGGGAGGCCCAAGACAAUGCCUAUCAACUCCGCGGACAAGCAGAAGACCAACAGCCUACCUGCCAAACUAAGCCUCUCCGGCAGCCUGCCGCCCACAAAACUCACCAGCAAGACGGCACCAGUUGACUACUGCUACUGA